GUCAUCGUCUCGGUGAAUCACGCAAGCGGCGAGAAAGUGGGCGAGAGAAUGACUGCUCUUCGCCUGUCUGCCAGUUCGCUACAGCGCCGUCACUUCGUAUCCGAUCGAUCCGAGUUUCAUCUACGUAUUUCCCCGAUUCCUCGCCCUCAGGUGGCCAAAUGAAGUGGCAGGAGUAAGACGGCUGUUGCUUCUUUGAAAUUCAGACGCAGAGGUUGGUCCGACCAGAGGCAUCCGAUUCUCUUUUCCUCUCCACACAAGCAAAGACCAUGAAAAUGGUGUUGUCCCAGCGUCAGCGCGAGGAGCUGAAUAAGGCAGUCGCAGAUUAUCUGGACAGUGCCGGGUACAAGGAUGCGCUGGAAGCAUUCAAAAGGGAAGCCAGCAUGUCUGACGAAGUGGAUCGAAAGUAUUCAGGACUUUUGGAAAAGAAAUGGACCUCCGUAAUACGCCUCCAAAAGAAGGUUAUGGAGUUGGAAGCAAAACUCUCUGAAGCCGAAAAGGAAUUCAUCGAGGGAGCCCCGACGCGGAAUAAGCGCUCACCUACAGAGUGGAUUCCAAGACCGCCUGAAAAGUUUAGUCUUAGUGGACACCGUGCAACCAUUAAUAGGGUGAUUUUCCACCCUGUUUACACCUUGGCGGUGUCUGCAAGUGAAGAUGCCACUAUCAAGGUUUGGGACUUUGAAACCGGAGACUACGAGAGGACCCUUAAGGGACACACAAGUGGAGUCCAGGAUAUUGCAUUUGACCCUGCCGGGAAACAACUUGCCUCCUGUGGUGCAGACAUGUCAAUUAAGUUGUGGGACUUCCAAACUUACGAAUGUAUGAAAACCAUGCAUGGCCACGAGCACAAUGUUUCCAGCGUGUGCUACUUGCCUGGAGGUGAUUUCAUCUUGUCCUCGUCAAGAGACAAAACAAUCAAGAUGUGGGAAGUGUCCAGCGGCUACUGUGUGAAGACUUUUACUGGACACAGGGAGUGGGUGCGAAUGGUUCGCAGCAGUGCUGACGGCUCAAUGAUCGCAUCUUGCUCCAACGACCAAACAGUCAGGGUGUGGUUGGUUCAGACUGGGGAGUGCAAGAUGGAAAUGAGGGAUCACGACCACGUUGUUGAAUGCAUAACUUGGGCGCCUGAAUCUGCAAACUCUGCCAUCAAUGAGGCAGCUGGCAACGAUAACAAAAUAGGAACUCUGGCGGGACCAUUCCUCGCUUCAGGAUCAAGAGACAAGACAAUUAAAGUCUGGGAUAUUGGAACUGGACUGUGCAUGUUCACCCUGAUUGGUCAUGACAACUGGGUGCGUGGCCUUGCAUUCCACCCUGGGGGCAAGUACCUGACCUCAGCAAGUGACGAUAAGACUCUCCGAGUGUGGGAUCUCCGGAACAAACGCUGCAUGAAGACAUUAGAGGCUCACUCCCACUUCUGCACCACAAUUGAUUUCCACCCAAGCAGACCCUGUGUCGUGACGGGAGGCGUAGACCAAGUUUUGAAAGUGUGGGAGUGCCGUUAAUGAGUUCCGCAAGUACCCUUGUUUGUAAGUGGGUGCUUGCUCCUUUCUAACUGAUGAUCCCUGCUGCUCCCCAACUCCCACCUGCCGCUCUUUCUCUUAAUCAAGAAAUAUUGAGUGUCAAAAAUUUACAACUAGAAAAUAUAUUACAUUACUGCUAGUGCAUUGCAUCUAUCCGAGCUUUUUGCCUCCUUCUCUACUGAAGAGUCCGGCAUGUGGGAGUAAUUAAUUUGUUAGGUUAAACGUUAGAUAAUUUUAUUCUUGUCUCUGUACGUGUCGAUUGACUGACGAAAGUGGGAAUUACGCAAACCUGUGGCGACGAUCGUCACGAGAGAGCAAAACUAAUUUGACAGUCUCGCAGGGCAAUAAUGUGUGCAUAUAAUAGAAAAGAGAUUUAUUUAAUUGUACAGUUAAAUUGCUAAAUUAUUAUGAAUUACAAUGUAAUUGUGAUUUUUGUUCAUUUAUCCAUAAUUUCUAUUCUUCCUCUUGACUUUUGAAUUCCUCAUUUCUAAGAAUUUAAUUAAUCCAAGGCUAGGGAGGAUCAUAGAAAGGUGCUCAAACCAAAAUACCUUUGCUAAGUGGCAGUCAAAAAGAAAUCAACAAGCCUUACAAUAGAUGAGCAUACUUACUAUUAACAGUUUCACAAAUCGCUUGGACAUUCAAGUAAUUUAGAACAAGAGAAAAACGAGCGUUCGGUUGUCCCGUCUUGAGAUGUAGCACUGUUUCAAUGCUUGCUGUACCAUACUCGCUUCCAUCACUUUUGUUGCACAAACUGCCAUGCUCUCUCAAGAAGAGAACUAGGCUGCCGCCCCAUUACCGUACUAAUACUAGAUAAAAAAAAACCUGAUUGCUAUUGAAUGUUGCUUAGCUCAGUUUAAUUUUGUGAUAACUCGUAAUUUCUGCUUGAAAGUCUGCCAUAAACGACUUAAGAUAUAAUCGAUUAUCAAACAAAGAAAUAUUUCAGUUUUUUUUUUUUUUCAAAAA